CGAUUUCAUGACUACCUCCUCCUGUGACUCCAUUUGAGACAUAAACCUCGUAUCUCCCAACUUCCAGGGCUCAAAUUUCGAUACCCCACUGUCAAGUCAGUAUCGUUGAUCAUCUCUGCAAGUCAGUUACUAUAUGCAGGUGGCCAUAGCCAGAAUUGUGGACCUGGUUUCAGUGAUAUGAAGGUGAACUGAAUAGUAGGUAUUGAUUAAAAUUUGAGAAGAUAUGAGUUCUAGAAGGAGGUUUGGGAAAGAUACUAGUGCUUGUGAUGGUUGUGAUUCUGUAGAAAGUUCUGCUACAAAUGAGGAGGCCAAUGAAGCAUCAAAGAGUCUUGAUCAUGAGAUUGGUCACCUCACUAAGCUUGGGACAAGACCCCAUCAGCAUUUGAGGGGGGUCUUCCCUGGAAAGUUGAGGCUGCCAGUGUCAACACUGAAAAUGUUGAUGGGCCGUGAAAGUAAUUAUUCGGGACGAGGGAGGUUUUCAUCAGCAGAUGCUUGUCAUGUGUUAAGCCGUUAUCUGCCCAUUAAUGGUCCUUGGGGGGUGGACCAGUUGAAUAGCCCUGCCUAUGUUUCUCAGUUUUCGAAUGAUGGCUUGUUUUUGGUUGCUGGGUUUCAGGGAGGCCAUAUUAGAAUAUAUAAUGUUGAAAAGAGAUGGACAAUUCAGAAGGACAUUCGAACCAAAAGCUUGAGAUGGACAAUUACUGAUACAUCUCUGUCACCAGAUCAACGAAAUCUUGCAUAUGCUAGCAUGUCACCUAUUGUCUAUAUUGUCAAUGUUGGAUCUUCUACAACAGAGUCACUUGCAAAUAUUACGGAAGUACAUGAAGGGCUCGAUUUUUCAUCUGAUUAUGAUGUAGAUUUUGGAAUAUUUUCUGUAAAAUUUUCAACCGAUGGACGAGAGCUUGUUGCUGGAAGCAAUGAUGCUUCAAUACAUGUUUAUGAUCUCCACGCAAACAAAGUUAGCCUCAAAAUACCAGCUCACACGUCAGAUGUAAACACAGUAUGCUUUGCUGAUGAGACUGGCCAUCUUAUAUUUUCCGGCAGUGAUGAUAACCUCUGUAAGGUCUGGGACAGACGCUGCUUUGUCACGAAAGGGCAAGCGGCUGGGGUUCUGAUGGGACAUCUUGAAGGCAUAACGUUUAUUGAUAGUCGCGGAGAUGGACGUUAUUUAAUAUCGAAUGGGAAGGAUCAGACUACCAAACUUUGGGAUAUACGGAAGAUGUCUUCUAGAAAUAUGUUUCCAAAGAUUAAAGAUCGUGACUGGGAUUACAGAUGGAUGGAGUACCCAGCACAUGCAAGAACUUCGAGACAUCCCAUGGAUCAGUCGUUGGCUACAUAUAGAGACCACUCAGUCCUGCGCACUUUAAUUCGCUGUUACUUUUCUCCAGCAUAUAGCACUGGACAAAAGUACAUCUACACUGGAUCUAGUGAUCAUUCGGUCUAUAUUUAUGAUCUGGUGACUGGUGCUCAAGUAGCGAAAUUAGUCCAUCAUGAUGGACCUGUAAGAGAUUGUAGUUGGCAUCCUACAUAUCCAAUGUUGGCCAGUUCUUCCUGGGAUGGGAGUAUCGUGAGAUGGGAGUUUCCAGGAGAUGAUCAAGUUCCAAUCCUGGUCAAGCCAAGAGUAAGGCGGCGGAGGGCUAUCUAUUAUUAAUGGUUCAUUGCUUUGCACAUUAACAGUCUUGACAUUUAAUUUGAUAACUGCUUUUGAUAGUAAGAUUAUGCUCCUUAGUUUCUUAUAAGGUGCAGACACUCAGUGGACUCAGUACAGAGAAAUUACAGGUUCCCCAGAGCUGUCUAAUGUCUGUACAAUUGUACAAAUAUAUGUAUGCCCAAAAUCUAUAUGUUGUAUAUUUAGAUGAUUUUUUUUAUUAACCGGUGAAUCCCAUUGGACCGGAAUUGGAAGAUGUACCAAAUAACCGAAUC